AUGAGAUUGAUUUCAUCUGAACAUUUGACAACCGUGCAAGAAACAUUGGUUGAACUCGUACAGUUUCAUAUGCAAACAGCAACAACACAACUGUUGAAUGAAUAUUACCAAAUCAGCACUCAAGCCAUACCAACACAGAGAGUCAAGUCUGAAUGGCAGGAUGACAACAAACGAGGUUUGUUUUUGGGAAUCAUCCAAGAGGGAGAAACCUCACACAUCACUCGACUGCACAACCUGCUGACUGCCAACCAAUUUGCAGAGCAGCAAGAGUUCUCAACCAAGAUCCAGUUGGCAGACCCAGAGCAUCCUCGUACAUUCAUUGAUGACAUGUUUGGGUAUUACAUACUGCCAUUCCACAAAGACUACAACGAUUCAUCCAGCUGUCACACUCCAGUUUCAUCAAACCCAACAUCAAAAAGCAACUCUGCUGAUGAUCUGGACUAUGUUGCAAAAGUGAGUGAGCUACAGCACAAGGACUUGAACAAGGUGGUUGAAAAGAGAGACAGUGUCUGCUUUUUUUGCUGGAAUAAGUUGUCCUUGCAAGGAGCACACAUCAUAUCCCAAAAGAACAUUGGAAUGGCAUACAACGAACCAUCCAUAUUGCUACGAUCUGGUUUGACGCAGAAACAUCAAAUACAGAACGGACUGUUGUUGUGUAUCAAGUGCCAUGACCAAUUUGGUAAACUAAGGCAAUAUGUGGAUGUAGUGGAUGACAAACUGGUGAUCAAAGUGAUCAAUGACUCAACAAGUGACAAGCACAAGAAGUGGAUUGAGACAAUUGAAGAUUUGAAAGUUAUCCGCAGAACAAGGCAAAAGAGAUGGAUUGACAAUCGACAAACAGUCGAAUCCAACAGUGAAAUGACAUUGUAUUUCAUUCACAACAAUCUCACUCGACUACUAAACAGGAACGCACUAGAGUUACACAAGACAACAUGUCUCAUUUGGUGUAUGGCUGGUGGUGUAGAAUCUGAUGAUGAGUAUUGUCCAUAUGAUGAUGAUGGCUGUACUCCUGUCGAUUACCAGAGUAAGAAUAUCGAAAAAUGGAUGGAAUCGAGUGCUAUUUUGAUCAUUGAAAUACUCAAUAAAAAAUCCACAUCGGAACGUUCCUUACUCUCGUUUGUGAUUGUUUUCCGUGGAUUGUUCUGUAUAUUGUAUAGUCAACUAUGCACAUGCACAUACACAUGCAUGCCAUUGUCAAUUGAUGGUCGUUUGUAA